AUGAGUAUGAGAAACAUUUGGAGCUACAGCUCAGCAGUUGGGCGCGUAUUUUGGUUUGAAGUUCCCACUGGAGAAUGACAUCGUCGGGUGGUGCUUUAAACCUGCUGACAACUUACGGUUCUAGCAGCGAUGACAGUGAAGAAGAAAUCCCUGGUCCAAGAGUGUCAGUCAAACGAACUAUUGGGGGCCUUGACACCACAGAAAAUAAGCCUAAAAAGUUCGCCACUGAUAAUCAGAAUAAAAGAUUGCCGUUACCUUCUGUCUUCUUACAAUGUUUGAAUGACAGAACUGAUCAACCGAUAGAUUUCCCUCAUCAGCACAACGAACGCAUACGAUCAUUUCCACAUGAAAGAGGCAACUGGGCUUCCUACGUCUUCAUAGCAGUAGAACCAACUCUGUCUCUUCAAUCUUUUAUUGAUGUAGUGUGUGCAACAUUUGAUGAAUCAAUUAAUCUUAAAAGGAACAAUGACCUUCAUGUUAGUUUAUCCAAAACCGUUGUUGUGAAGCAUCAUUGGAUUGAUUCUAUUUCAUUAUCAGUCCAAAGUAUAGCUCAUUCACUGGCCAGGUUUUCUAUUUGUUUUGGUGAUGUCAAAGUGUAUACAAAUGAAGAAAAGACUCGUACUUUUAUUGGGAUUGUUAUUACUGCUGGUCAUGAAACACUUUUAAAGAUUACUCGUAUGGUGGAUAAUGUUUUUGCAGAUUUCAAGCUUCCGUCUUUCUAUGAGGAUGCUUCAUUUCACAUCAGUAUUGCAUCAUGUGUGGGAAAUCAUGUUGAUGUUCUGAAUUCUGAGAUUUCAAGACUUCAGUCUUCUCUUAAUAUGUUUAUCCACUCUCAACCUUUGGAAUGGAGCAUGAGUGUUGAAAAAAUUCAUUUUAGAACAGGAAACAAAUAUUUCAAUUUUAACUUAGUCUUAUAAUCAUAUAUACUGCAUAAACUGCUUUACUUAGGCACAAAGCUAGGAGGCAUUAAGACAAGAAUUUCACAAAUUUUACCUCGCUAACCAGGGAGAAAUGCGUAGUGAGGAUUAUAAUGGCUUUCGCUUGUGUGCACUGUACUGUUACUGAAAAUUAUUUCUUACAUUGUCCUAAGAACAAUAAAUUUUUUAUUAAAUCAC